GAGUCCAUGUCAGAGAAGGCCCAGAGGGAGCGCCUUACCCUCUCUGAAAGUCUGAAGCACUUUGGGGUUUAUCUGGGUGCCUGGCUGCUCUCCACUAGCCUGGCUGUCGGCACUGGAGCUAGCAUCUAUUAUCUCUGCCAAUUCGAACAGCAGCGGGCAACAGAUUCUGCCAACUGGUCUCUGCUGCAGGAGGCAGAAACUCUGCUGGUUCCCUUUGUGGUGUCUCUGAUGAACCUGGUCGUCCCGCUCUUCUACUCCCUCUUCAACAAGUUUGAGCACUACUCCAGCCAGCGCAAACAGAUCUACGCACUGGUAGUCAGAAAUGUGUUACUCAAGAUGUCCAUUCUGGCUGUCUUGUGUUAUAACUGGAUGAAUGUGGUGGCUGUAAAGUUUUCGUGUUGGGAGUCCAUGGUAGGACAGGCUUUGUACCGACUGGUCAUUGUUGAUUUCCUUUUUCUAAUGUUGGGAUCCUUCUUUGGAGAGUUUCUUAGCAAUGUGAUUGGGACCAGAUUACUCCCACGUCUGGGGGUUCCAGAGUUUGACGUAGCCAGAAAUGUCCUUGAACUGAUCUACGCACAGACUCUGGCCUGGAUUGGUAUUUACUUUUCUCCUCUGCUGCCUGCCAUCCAGAUCCUCAAAUUUUUCAUUUUGUUUUACUUAAAGAAGGUCAGCCUGACCCAGAACUGCCAGCCUCCGAGGCGGUCAGGCAGAGCCGCUCAGAUGCAAACCAUCUUCAUCGCCCUGCUCUUCUUCCCUUUCUUCGUGGGAGCUGUCUCUAUGGUUGCGUUCACCGCCUGGAGUCUGACCCCCUCAGAGCAUUGUGGUCCUUUCCGGGGACUCAACAGCACCUUCAAUGUGGUCGAAGUUUGGAUGGUAUAUCUGGAGGAGACCUCUAGUUCUCAAUGGGUGGUUUGGAUCUACCAAAAUGUCAUCAGGAGUGAAAUCUUCUACUUUCUUAUCUCACUCAUCAUCAUGUAA